UUUGGAUCUGGCUUGGUCACCGAGUCGCGGACAGAGCAGGGCUGUUUGCUCGGGCUGGUGAAACUAUCUGCAGUCAGUAAAACUGAGUUAGUGGAUAGUUUUUUCAAUCUGUGCUUUGUCUAGCUCUCGGGAGUUGAGCGUAGAGAGAGCAACCAUGAGGGGAAAUUACUGCUGUGUACAUGUUGGCAUUUAUUUGCUUAUUUUUCGCACAGCUGCAGCCAUAGUAAGACAGGAACUGUUCCCUUAUGGAGUGCAUAGGGGCGACUUACUUCUGCAGGAUGGUGAUGAUGAAACAUCAGAAGUUGUUAAACUGAAGACUCCUUUUACGUUCUUUGAAGCACAGUUCAGGGAGCUAUAUGUGGGAACAAAUGGUAUCAUCUCCACUCAAAAAUUUCCCCGAGAGACGCAGUACAUUGAUGAAAGCUUUCCAACCGAGUUCCCAGUGAUCGCCCCGUUUAUGGCAGAUAUUGACACCACCGGUGGUCGGGGCAAGAUUUAUUACCGAGAGGACGAUUCUGCUGAUGUCCUGAGACGAGCUGCUCAGGAAGUUCGGAGAGGAUUUCCUCAUGUCGAAUUUUAUCCUGCCAACUCAUUCAUCGUUACCUGGGAGGAUGUGGCUGCCCAUGAGGAACUGACUGCUAAUUCGAGACCUUCCAACAUGCUCAACACCUUCCAAGCAGUUUUGGCAUAUGAUUCCAAAAACGCAUAUGCCAUAUUUCUUUACCCAGAAGAUGGGCUUAACUUUUUUGGCAGUCACUACAAGGAGCCUUAUGGUAUGCAGAUGGCCCUUUCUGCUCAAGUGGGUUUCUGCAGAGGGGAAAUUGGUUUCAUACUCUGGAAGACAGAUGGACCAUAUUACUCAGUAACAAGCGAUGAACAAUCUGUGAAAAAUCUUCAUCAGUCUGGCAAUGUUGGCAUUUCUGGAGUGUGGCUGUUUCACAUUGGUAAUGCCUCUGGUCUUAGUAACAUAGAACCAGCAGAGGUUGGCGUGAAUUCUGCAGAAGAGCCGCCUGUCAUAGACAGUACCCUCAAUAAUCAAGGCAGGAUCACUGGUCAUGACGUGUAUAAUGAAGCUGAUGUUUUUACUGAAUCAUAUUAUGAUGAAGAUGAAGUCACACCCCCUACACUUGAACAAGUGUAUCCCAAACCUAAUCCAGACAUUUUAAUCCCAGAUCAUGAGGAUCAUGAUUUCUCACCAAAUCUAGACAUCCUUGAAACUGAUGUAUUUCCAGAUGUGUUUCCAAGUGCAAACCCACCAUAUCCUGAGCUGGAGGGUGAAUCGUAUCCUGAGCCUGAAAUUCAUACACACUAUGGAGCAAUUGGACCAGUUCUACCUCAUCCAGAGUCAAGUGAAAAUGAACCACACCCUCGGAUUCCAUCACAUGAAGGGGGAGAUGUACAGUCUGGUCCUGUAACAGAUUCUAAUACUCACAGAAACCCAUCAAAUGGAGUUCAGUUACAACAUUUAGACAAUGAGGGUGUACAGUCCAACUUUGGUUCUACCUAUCCUGAGGGUGAUGUUUUAAUACCUAAAAGUUUUCCAGUCCCAAGAAACAAUCCAUCUCAUGACCGCAGUAUAUCUGUUGUGAAUGUUGAAGAAAACAUUCCCCAAACUCACGUAUUUACCUAUAACACUCCCAAUAAAGACACUUGUGCAAGGCACCAGAGUGAAUGUUCUAAGGAUGCAUACUGCACAGAUUACCCCACUGGAUAUUGCUGUCACUGCGAACAACAAUUCUAUGGAAAUGGCAAGCAUUGUCUAGCACAAGGUGCUACUCAACGAGUGAAUGGAAAAGUAAGCGGGAGACUUUUGGUUGGACGGACAUCUGUGGAUUUUAAUAAUGUUGAUCUUCACGCCUACAUAGUAGUGACUGAUGGCAGGGCAUACACAGCUAUUAGCCAUAUUCCUCAACUGGCAGCAAUGGCUCUGAUGCCAAUAUCUGCUAUUGGUGGCCUUUUUGGAUGGCUUUUUGCUCUAGAAAAACCACAGUAUGAAAAUGGUUUCAGUGUUACUGGUGCAAAAUUUAUUCAACGAGCAGAAGUCACCUUUUCUCCCGGAAAUGAAAAAAUAAGCAUAACUCAACGAGCAGAUGGCCUUGAUGAGAAUAAUUAUUUAAGCGUUAAGACAAACAUACAGGGACAGCUGCCAGAAAUUCCUUUAGAUGCUACAGUUGAAGUUGAACCGUAUAAAGAACUUUACUACUAUACCACCUCAGCUGUGACAUCUAGUGCUUAUAGAGAAUAUGUAGUUACCUCUCCUAGUACUGGGUCUCGAAGGCUUUCCUACCAGCUGCGACAGAAUAUAACCUACCAGGACUGCAUCCACAGCCCACGACACACCCGAGCUACUCAACAACUUGGUGCUGAUCGUGUGUUUGUCCUGUACACUGAAAAUGAAAGAGUACUCAGAUACGCUAUGACAAAUCAGAUUGGACCUAUAGAAGAUAAGCCUGAAGCAACAAGCCCAUGCUAUGAUGGGAGCCAUGAGUGUGAUACGUCUGCACAGUGCAGUCCAGGAGUGGGAACACAGUAUACCUGUGAAUGUGCAGCUGGGUACCAGGGAGAUGGCAGAAACUGUAUUGACAUAGAUGAAUGUGCUGAAGAUUACAACAGAUGUGGUAGCCAUGCUGCUUGUAUCAACUUUCCAGGAAGGUACAGAUGUGAAUGCCAGACAGGUUAUCGUUUUGCAACAGAUGGUCGCACAUGUGUCCCAAUUGCACCAGUGGUUAACCCCUGUGAAGAUGGUCAUCACAACUGUGACUCAGCAGAACGGGCACGGUGUAUCCAUCAUGGAGGAUCUGAAUUUAGUUGCCAGUGCCUCCCAGGAUACACAGGGAAUGGGUAUGCAUGUUUUGAUGUUGAUGAAUGCACUGGAAACAGAUGCCACAGAAAUGCAGCAUGUCAUAACACUCCAGGCACGUUUUACUGUCUGUGCAAUCCAGGAUAUGCAGGAGAUGGUUUUCAGUGUGCACCAGCAGCUGUAACAACACGUCCAAAGACUCCUUGUGAGUUUGAGAGGGACAGACUAUCUGGUGGAGAAUAUGGUCCUAGAGGUCCUCGCCCUCCUAUUGUUGGCCAUCAUAUUCCUCAGUGUGACGAGAAUGGGAAUUACAGCCCUAGGCAAUGCCACUCUUCUACUGGCUAUUGCUGGUGUGUGGACACAAACGGACAGGAGAUCCAUGGGACAAGAACCCCACCUGGCACAACUCCUUCACGCUGUGGACCACCAGAGCCGAGACCACAAACUGUUUGUGAACGCUGGAAACAGAGCAUCCUAGAACACUAUGGUGGAAGAGCCAGUGAGGAUCAGUACGUGCCACAGUGUGAUGAGUUUGGAAACUUCCACCCACUGCAAUGUCAUGGAAACAGUGGUUACUGCUGGUGUGUGGAUAAGGAUGGCAGAGAAAUUCCAGGAACCAGAACAACGCCCGGAGUCCCUCCAGCUUGCAUUCCAAGUGUUGCUCCUCCAACUGUUCGGCCAACUCGACGUCCUGAUGUAGUCAUCCCACCAACAGGCACUUUUCUCUUGUAUGCACAGGGACAACAGAUUGGAUACUUACCUCUUAGCGGCACCAGAUUUGAUACAAAAGAAGCUAAAACGUUACUGGCUCCUCAUGGCUCAAUAGUUGUGGGGAUUGACUAUGAAUGCAACGGAAAAAUGGUCUACUGGACAGAUGUUGCUGGACGAUCCAUCAGUCGAGUCAGUUUGGAACCUGGUGCUGAACCAGAGGUUAUCAUCAGCUCAGGACUGAUAAGUCCAGAAGGAAUAGCCAUUGACUAUCGCCACAGAACCAUGUACUGGACAGACAGUGGACAUGAUAAAAUUGAAAAAGCUGAUCUAGAUGGGCAACACAGAAGAGUACUUUUUGACACAGACCUAGUAAAUCCCAGAGCCAUUGUAGUAGAUCCUAUCAGAGGAAAUCUUUACUGGACAGAUUGGUAUCGUGAAGCACCUAAAAUCGAAGUAUCAUCUUUAGAUGGAACAAAUCGAAGGAUGUUGGUGAAUACAGACCUUGGCCUACCCAACGGCUUAACCGUCGACCUGCUUACUGGUGAAGUCUGUUGGGCAGAUGCAGGAACAAAGAAGUUGGAAUGUAUUUUGGCAAAUGGACAAGGAAGACACACAAUACACAGUAACCUGAACUACCCAUUUGGAAUUGUACGAUAUUUAAAUCAGUUCUACUACACUGACUGGAGAAGGGAUGGGAUUAUAAAUGUAAGCAAAGAACACAGUCAGCUAACUGAAUAUUUACCACAGCAGAGGUCGCAUGUAUAUGGCAUAACAGUAGCCUAUCCAUACUGCCCUUCAGGGAGAAAGUAACAUUCUGCAUCGAAGGAAAAUCAUGUUAAUGGUAGAUCAUAAUGAAGAGGUCUUUUAGCCUGACAGCGGCUAAUGUAGACAAAUCUGAGAUGGACUCUAUUCACAAACCAAAGAGACUGAUCACACAUGGAAUUAUUACAAGUGCCAUAUAAGAAACACACUGUUCAAUUAGCAAGUUUUAUAAUUUCUUUAAAGAUGUGUACCUCAUUUUUACUACUGUAUCGUUUUGAAAACACACCUAAUCUGAGGGGUAGUGAUCAUUUACUUAAAGGAUUAUUACUCUGUUUUGCUGGCUCUGUCAAUGUUUUUGCAGUUUAACUCCCAGACCUCUAAAACCGUUUCAGUAUUUUGUAAACAAAGUGCAGUGAAUUCAUUUUUCUCAAUUAAAAAAAUUAAAGUAACUACCAAAUGUUUAAAACCCAAGCAGCUGUUUUUUAAACAAAAAAUGUUUUGUAUAUUAAAAGGUGCUACAUUAUGCAAUAAUGUUUUAUAAAUUGUAAUGACUGCUUCUGGGGACCACAUGUGACUUUUCUGUGCCCUUACAGUGUUGUGCUGUCACUGAGUGAGAAACUGGUCAAAAUCACUCCCUUCCCUCAAAUAAUCUGUCUUGCAGUUUGUUGUGGUAGUAUUUAUAAUAGAAUGCCAUAAUAAAAGAAUGUACUUAAAACAGUUUUUCUUUGGAGAAGUGAAAAAAUAAAAAAAAUGACCAGUGCUAAGUUUACAGGACUGUAACAUCAUGGACCAAAGCCAUUAUUUCUCACUUGCCAGUCUGCAGCAUUACACAUCAUUUAACUGUUAACUGAAAUAAACUUCUUUUUUUACAUAA